UAUCCACUCCCUUUGGCGCGCGCGGUUUUUCCGGUUCUCGAUUUCGCUUGGUUCCCGCCGUCGACAUUCACAUUUCCGUUUCCGGCGAGCUCGUUACUUCAUCUCUCUGUGGACGCCGGUGCUCCUCCGACCUUCUUCGUAGGGUUGUUCCAUGGCUUGGUGGGAAGGCGUCGAGGAAACUCGUAUCCUCAUUGCCCCUGAUCAUGGGGUAAAAGAAAAUGGUACUGGAUGCCUGCUUUCACUUCGCCAUCCAAAAUCAGGAAAUACAACAUGUUUCUUAUAUGUAAACGAGUUGCUAGAGGAAAUUCACUGGUUUAAGCAGUCAUAUUCAUCGUGGUUUUUGGGAGAUUAUGUUACUGAAGAUGGUCGGCUGUAUUCCGCUACUCCAAUAGAUCCUGUAUUCAUUUUCUUGCCCAUUUUCGAGGAAGCUAGAAUGAAGAAGGGAGAUGAUCCUGGGAAAUUCAGGCAAUUAGAUGACAUAAUGUUCAUCAAUGGGUAUCCUGGAUAUCUGCAUUUACUGUCUGUUGCAGAGAAGUCUAUGCAAGUAGUAUGUGAGGUCAAAGAAGUUGGAUCUUCUAAGUUUUUUAGGCUUGAUGAUUCAAAGGUUUUGGCAUGGUUAUAUCACAAGGUAUGUCAGCUGAAAAAAACUCUAUGCACACUGGAUAAAAACUAUGCUGCAAGGGAAGAAAAAGAUACAUUAAGCGAUGCAGUUUCAAUAUUAGGGGAAUACUUGAAAGAUGAACCUUGGUUGAAGCUUCUAUGUGACCAUCUCAAGUUAAAUUUUGCUGAAGCAACCAGACAAGCAUCGGAUGCAGAAAAGCCUCCUUUAAGAAUAGAGAACAAUUUUGAUUCUAUCUCACAGGAUAAGACUAGAAGUGGCGCAAAGAAUACAAGAAAUGGAAAGCAAGCUAAAAAUCUGAAGGUGGAAACAGAAUCACGGAACAUCAAGGACAUGUUUUCAAAGGCUAUAAAAAGAAAAACAUGAAGCAUUUCGGAUAUUUGGUGAUUUAAAGCCCACAAAUUAUGUUGUCACGUAGGUAUUGGUUCGAUCUCCUACUCUACAAUUGUUGAAAAAAAGUCGUUAGCCUCAUUCGUGUCAUUACAUGGGAAUUUGGUAAUGAUAUUAACUCACGCCCACACGAUGUAAUGCCUCUCACCCAUUUACUUUUCUAUCGAGAUGAAGUAUGAAA